AUGGGACGCCGUCCAGCUCGAUGCUACCGUUAUUGUAAAAACAAGCCGUAUCCUAAAUCACGUUUCUGUCGUGGUGUUCCUGAUCCGAAAAUUCGUAUCUACGACUUAGGAAAGAAAAAAGCCGAUGUCACGGAAUUUCCUCUCUGUGUACAUCUGAUUUCUGAUGAGUACGAACAGUUAUCCAGUGAGGCCUUAGAGGCAGCACGUAUUUGCGCCAACAAAUAUCUCUUAAAGAACUGUGGUAAAGAGAAUUUCCAUGGUCGUGUACGUGUGCAUCCUUUCCACGUCAUCCGCAUCAAUAAAAUGUUAUCAUUGCAGACAGGAAUGCGUGGUGCUUUCGGGAAACCUCAAGGUACAGUAGCCCGAGUGGACAUCGGUCAAGUCAUCAUGUCCGUUCGCGCUCGGGACCAACAUGAAGCCACUGUGACGGAGGCUCUCCGAAGAGCGAAAAUGAAGUUCCCUGGCCGUCAAAAGAUUGCCGUUUCACGCAAUUGGGGUUUCACAAAGUGGCCGCGGGCAGAAUUUCAAGAGCUGAUGCGGACCGGUCGUUUGGCAUCUGAUGGUGUUGGCGUUCAAUAUCAUCCUGACCAUGGUCCUUUGGAAAGAUGGAAGAAAACUCAAGCGCGUCUAGCUGGUGUCACUGCUUGA